AUGCAAAUAUUAAAUGCUAGAUAUGCCCUAAGGGCGUCAGCGUCUCAGCUACAGGCGUGGUGCUCCGUUCGAAGCCGCACUGCGACUACUGACAGAAAGAGCGUCGAAUACAAGCCAAUAAGGAGCGUGCUGGUGGCAAAUAGGGGCGAGAUCGCUAUCCGAGUGUUCCGAGCAUGCACCGAGCUGGGAAUAAGGUCCGUCGCCAUUUACAGCGAACAGGACCGUCUGCAGAUGCACAGACAAAAGGCCGACGAGUCUUACAUUGUCGGCAAAGGUCUGCCACCGGUUGAGGCCUAUUUAAGCAUCCCGGAGAUCAUUCGAGUUGCCAAGGAGAAUGACGUCGACGCAAUUCACCCCGGCUACGGGCUCCUGUCUGAAAGAUCAGACUUUGCGCACGCCAUCAUUGAUGCGGGCCUCCGUUUCAUCGGCCCCUCGCCGCAGGUGGUACAACAGAUGGGCGACAAGGUCGCCGCCAGGAAAGCAGCCAUCGAAGCUAAGGUUCCGAUAGUUCCCGGUACCGAUGGACCAAUCACAACCAAGGAGGAAGCUCUCGAAUUCUGCAAAAAACAUGGUCUUCCAGUGAUAUUUAAGGCGGCGUACGGCGGCGGCGGGAGGGGGAUGCGCGUCGUGCGCGAGAUGGGCGAGGUGGCGUCCGCCUUCGAGCGCGCCUCCUCCGAGGCGCUGGGCGCCUUCGGCAACGGCUCCAUGUUCAUCGAGCGCUUCAUCGAGCGCCCGAGGCACAUCGAGGUGCAACUCCUCGGUGACAAGGCUGGCAAUGUUGUGCACUUGUACGAGAGGGACUGCUCAGUGCAGAGGCGGCAUCAGAAGGUGGUGGAGAUCGCGCCUGCCCCCGGAUUGGACCCGGAGGUGCGCCAGAAAAUGGUUGACUGCGCGGUGCAUCUGGCGCGACACGUCGGAUACGAGAACGCUGGCACAGUCGAGUUCCUUCUCGACGACAAGGGCAACUUCUACUUCAUCGAAGUGAACGCCAGGUUGCAAGUAGAGCACACAAUAACGGAGGAGGUGACCGGGAUAGACCUGGUACAAUCGCAGAUCCGGGUGGCGGAGGGGCUGACCCUGCCCGAGAUGGGCCUCACCCAGGACCAAAUAAGGACCCAAGGAUACGCCAUCCAGUGCAGGGUCACCACAGAGGACCCCGCCAACAACUUCCAACCGAGCACCGGCAGAAUAGAGGUGUUCAGGUCGGGCGAAGGCAUGGGCAUUCGUCUCGAUUCUGCCUCGACUUACGCCGGCGCCAUUAUUUCCCCGUACUACGACUCGCUCCUCGUUAAAGUUAUCUCGCAUGCGCAAGACUUGGCGUCAUCCGCUGCUAAGAUGAACCGCGCCCUCCGAGAGUUCCGCAUUAGAGGGGUCAAGACCAACAUUCCCUUCCUACUAAACGUGUUGGAAAAUCAGAAGUUCCUUAACGGCGCCGUGGACACGUACUUCAUCGACGAGCACCCGCAGCUGUUCAUGUUCAAGGCGUCGCAGAACAGGGCGCAGAAGAUCCUCAACUACCUGGGCUACGUGCUGGUCAACGGGCCCGCCACGCCCCUAGCCACCAGCAUCCCCCCCUCCGACGCCAAGCCCUACAUCCCGCCGAUUCCGCUCGACCUUUCUCCCGAGGCUGUUAAAAGACAAGAAAUGACUGGUGAAAAUACAGCCGUGCAGCCGCCGCGCGGCCUGAAGCAGGUGCUGGACGAGGGCGGGCCGGAGGCGUUCGCGCGCGCCGUCCGCUCGCACGGGGGGCUGCUGCUGAUGGACACCACCUUCCGCGACGCGCACCAGUCGCUGCUGGCCACGCGCGUGCGCACCCACGACCUGCUCGCGGUCUCGCCCUACGUCGCCCACAACUUCAGCAACCUCUACGCGCUCGAGAACUGGGGCGGCGCCACCUUCGACGUGGCUCUGAGGUUCCUGCACGAGUGCCCGUGGGAGAGGCUGGAGGACAUGCGGCGGCUGAUCCCCAACAUCCCGUUCCAGAUGCUGCUGCGCGGCGCCAACGCGGUCGGCUACACCAACUACCCGGACAACGCCGUAUACAAGUUCUGCGAGAUGGCCGUGAAGGCCGGAAUGGAUAUAUUCCGCGUGUUCGACUCGCUCAACUACCUGCCCAACCUGAUUUUGGGCAUGGAGGCGGCCGGCAAGGCGGGCGGCGUGGUCGAGGCGGCGAUCUCCUACACGGGCGACGUCUCCGACCCCGCCAAGACCAAAUACGACCUCAAGUACUACCUGAACCUGGCCGACGAGCUGGUCAAGGCGGGCACCCACGUCCUGGCCAUUAAGGACAUGGCCGGCCUGCUGAAGCCGCGCGCCGCCGAGCUGCUGAUAACUGCGAUCCGCGAGAAGCACCCCAGCGUGCCGAUCCACGUGCACACGCACGACACGUCGGGCGCGGGCGUCGCCUCCAUGUUGGCGUGCGCGCGCGCCGGCGCCGACGCGGUGGACGUCGCCGUCGACGCCAUGUCCGGCCUCACCAGCCAGCCCAGCAUGGGCGCGCUCGUCGCCUCGCUGCAGGGCGACCGCCUCGACACCGGCAUCCCGCUGCAGACGGUGUCGGAGUACUCAGCGUACUGGGAGCAGGCGCGCACGCUGUACGGGCCGUUCGAGUGCACGGCCACCAUGAAGUCGGGCAACGCGGACGUGUACAUCAACGAGAUUCCCGGCGGCCAGUACACCAACCUGCAGUUCCAGGCCUUCUCCCUCGGCCUGGGCAGCCAGUUCGAGCAGGUCAAGAAGGCGUACAGGGAAGCCAAUCUGCUACUCGGUGAUAUUAUCAAAGUGACACCCUCAUCUAAGGUGGUUGGCGAUUUGGCCCAGUUCAUGGUUCAGAACAAGCUCUCUGCCAAAGACAUUGAAGAAAAAGCCGAGGAGUUGUCAUUCCCCAAAUCUGUGGUGGAAUUCUUGCAAGGUGCUAUCGGUGUGCCAUAUGGAGGUUUCCCGGAACCACUAAGGUCUAAAGUGCUGAAAGAUAUGCCCAGAAUCGAAGGACGGCCUGGACAAGAGCUGCCACCAUUAGACUUCGACAAGUUGAAGAAAGACUUAAAGGAAUCAUUCCCAGAUGUGUCGGACCAAGACGUAAUGUCUGCAGCAAUGUACCCGCAAGUGGCCAACGACUUCUUCCGCAUGAGGGAUAAGUAUGGACCGGUCAAGCACUUGGACACGAAGACCUUCCUCGUGGGGCCCACGGUGGGCGAAACUAUAGAGGUGAAGAUCGAGCGCGGGAAGACGCUGGACAUAAAGACACUGGCGGUCUCCGAUGAGAUGACAGCGGCUGGUGAGCGCGAGGUGUUCUUCGAGCUGAACGGGCAGCUGCGAUCCGUUUUCAUAAGGGACGAGAACGCCAGCAAGGAAAUGAAAAUUCAUCCAAAGGCAGUUAAGGGCGACAAAGAUCAAGUUGGAGCCCCCAUGCCGGGCACAGUCCUCACUAUUAAGGUGAAGGAAGGUGAUAAAGUGGACAAGGGUCAACCUAUUGCUGUUCUGUCGGCUAUGAAGAUGGAAAUGAUAGUUCAGGCGCCAAGGGCCGGCGUAAUCAAAUCUGUCAGUAUCACCAAUGGCCAAAAGUUAGAGGGAGACGAUCUGAUCUGCACAAUCGAA